AUGGGCCCGCACGCGUCCCCUCCCCCCACUCCCCCCACCCCGCCUCCUCAUUUCCCCCAAUCUCGCUCUCGCUCCCGUCCACCUCCUGGAGCGCUACCGCCGCCUCCUCCUCCCUGUGACCGUCCCGGCACCCUCCUCCCGCUCCAGCUCUCCUCCACCGAUGAGGAGGUCGCAUGCCGGUGCUCCUCCGCCGGUGAGGAGCUCGCGUCAGCCCUCCUCCAGCUCCAGCCCGCCCCCGCCGACGAGAAUCACAGGCCGGCCUCCUCCCGCUCCGGCGAUCCUCCGUCGACGAGGAGCUCGCAUCGGCGUCCUACGGCCCGCCACCGCCGACGAGAACACCCACCGCCACCGCCGCGUAGCACGUUCUCUGCCGGCGGGCACCCUGCGUUCCUCGCAUGUCCGGGCGCCCUGCCACUUCUCCUCUAUCGGCGGACGUCCUGGCGCGCCUCCUCCGGCGGUGGGCGCCGUUAUCUGCCGACAAGAGCCCUCCUAACCCCCAGCCCCACCACCUAG